AUGGCGGAUAAGUACCGCGUCGACCCGGACGACCUCGAGGCGUCCACCCCGGGGUUCGCUCACUCCCCCGCGGCGCGCCCGCCGCCGCCGCCGCGCCGGGGCCCGCCGCCGACGUUCGAGCCUCCGCCGUUCCCGACGACGAGCGCGUCGAACGCGACGACGACGACGACGCCCCGCGCCGCGCCGCCGCCGCCGCCGCCGCGCGCGACGGCCACGGCCACGCCGCCGGGGCGCCCGCGCGAGGCGUUCGGCGCGCCGCGCGACGACGAAUUCGACGCGCCGCCGCCGCCGAACAUCCCGGACGCGGCGCUCAGGAAGGUGCGCGCGGGGGGGCUCCUCACGAAGCUGCCGUCCAACGCGGCCGCGCGUCCGAAGAUUCGAUUCUUCCGCGUGACGACGACGCCGAAUGCGUCGCACCCGCACGACGAGCUCCAGUGGGGCGACCCCAAGGACGCGGCGGCGAGCGUCUUAGACUCCAAGCUGCCGCUGCGCGACGUCCGCGGCGUCCUGCGAGGCCACGCGACGAAGACGUUCGAGCGGCACGCGAAGCGCGUCGGGCCGCCGAAGCUGUGCUUCUCGCUCGAAUGCGACGCGCGGACGCUGGACCUUCAGGCGGGGACGCCCGCGGACGCGGAGGCGUGGUCGAGGGCGCUGGAAGCGCUGGCGGCGCACGCGCGCGACGUCGCGGCGUGCGAGGCGAUGCGCGAGGACGCGGCGAGCGCGGCGAGGGACGGCCACGUGUUCGUCUCCCCGGCGCGACGCGGGGGAGACCCGGACGGAGACCGCGACCGAAUCCAAAACCAAAACCAAAACCAAAACCAAAACGGCGGCGGCGGCGCGGUGAUCCGACCCGGACGUCCCGGCGACGCGAACCAUCACCGACCGGCGCCGGCGCCGGUGAACGCCCCGGGGUUCAGCCCGAGCCCGAGCCCGGGACCCGGCGUCGCCGCGAUCAAGACGCGGCCGCCGCUCGCGAGCGGCGCGACGCAGGCGGCGCCGCUGACGUUCACGCCGAAUCCGUCGUCGCCGUCGGCGGAGAGAUCCGCCGCCGCCGGCGCCGCGGGGCCCCGAGACCGCGACCGCGGCGCGCUCGGCGCCGCGCUGUCGUUCGUCCCCGUGGAUACCGCGCCUCCGCCGGGCGCGGCGUCGAUCGACCGCGAGGGGCACUCGGUGUUGGACGUCGGCCCGGGGUUCGACGAGGUGUACGACCGCAUCAGCGGCGGCGAUAAAAAUAGGAAAAAAAAUAGAGGAGCGGACGACGCUUUCGGGCCGGAUAACCUCGGCGGCGGCGGCAGCACGCGCCGCGUCACCGGCCGCGCGCGCGGCACGCUGGACCUGACGCUCCUGGACGCGCGCGCGCACCACGGCGCGACGACGAGCGGCGGGGGCGGCGUGGAGCCGACGCCGCGCGCGCAGUUCACGUCGCGGACGUUUUCUCGUGGCGGCGGCGAAGACUUGGUCGAGGCGUUUUCGAAAGCGCGGCACGGACGCGUGAAGGACCUCGCGGAGCUGUUCAAGAGCGGCGUCGACCCGGCGGCGAGGGAUAUCAACGGACUGACGCUCCUGCACAUGGCGGCGCAGAAUAAUCAGCGGAAAGCGACGAAGCUCGUGUUGAAACACACGGACUUCGCCACGAAUCCGCCGCGGCUGGACCUCAUCGACGCGCAGACGAAACAAGGCCACACCGCGCUGCACUAUUGCUUCGCGUACGGGUACCAGGACUUGGGGAACUAUCUGCUCUCGCUCGGCGCCGACGACACCAUCACGAACGUGCACGGGAUGACGUGCUACGAGGGUUUAGACCCGGACGAGGAGACGAGAGAGACGCUGAAUAACCCGGAGAUGCGCGCGCUCGCGCGAAGGAAGCACAUGCAGCGACGCGUCGAGGCCGCGCGGCCGGGGGCGACGACGCCGCGAAUAGGCCCGGACCGCGGCGACGACUUCCACCGCGACGGCGACGACGGUCGUUCGCGGCGCAGCAGAGCGCACGAGGACGCGUACGGGGGAUGGGACGGACAGGGGGGACGCGGGGGGCAUCCGCCGCAUCCGUCGCCGCGUCGUCCUCGCGACUACGACUACGACUACUCCCCGCACGGUCACGGCCACGGAUACCCUCCGCCGCACUCGCCGUACUCGCCGUCGUCCCCAUACGGCGCGCCGCCGCCGCCGAGCAAUUACCCGGCGCCGUACGGCGGGUACAGCCCGCUGGGAUUCCCCGGGUACCACCCCGGGCUGGCGGGGGCGUACGGCGGCCAGCCCGGGAUGGAUCCGAACGCCGCGGCGCUGCACGCGAUGCAGCAGCAGCAGGCGAUGGCCGCGGCGGCGGCGAUGGCGGCGAUGCAGCAGCAGAUGCAGUUCACGGCCGCGAUGGGGGGGAUGGGGGGGAUGGGGGGUCCAGGCAUGGGUCCAGGCAUGGGUCAACAAGGGGGCGCGAUGGGUCAAGGGACCGCGUUUAGCCCGACAGGUCCCCAAAACGGCGCGGCGCCGAUGUCCACGAACGCGGACUCGUUCAUGUCCGACGUCAUCGAGCCGCCGUCGCCGAUAAUGGGGAAGCGGCGGAGCAAGGCGAGCCAGGACGAGGCGUGGGAGCGAGCGACCGCGGCGAACGAGAGGGAGCGGCGACGACGCGACGGCGGCGGCGGCGGCGACGGCGGCGGUGGCGACGACGACGACGGCUCGGACUUGAAUUCUUCCGACGACGACGCCGCCGGCGGCGUCGCCGGCGCCGGCACGCGCGCGCCCGCGUCGAGCAAGGGCAGCGUGGACGCGAACUACAGCUCCGGCGGGAAGAAGAGCACGGAAGGGAGCACGACGUCGUCGAAAAAGCCGAGGGAGCGGAAGCAGGCGGGCGUCGACCGCGCCGCCGCCGCGGCCGAACGGCUGAAAUCGCGCCGGCGUCAGCGCCACGAGCGCGAAGCCCGCGAGGCGGAUCUCGACCGCGAGGCGGCGAUUCGCGCGGCGGCGAUGCGAAAGACCGGGUACCACUCCUCGGACUCGGACUCGCCGACGUCCGCGUCCGAGUCGGAGGGCGGCGGAGGCAGAGGCUCCGGCGCGACGACUCGACGCCGAGCGGCGACGGCGGCGGCGGCGGCGGCGGCGGAGGAGGAAAGGACGAGAGCGGAGAAGACCGCCGCCGAGGCCGAGGCGAUCGCCGCCGCGGAAGCCAUCGCCGCCGCGGAGAUCAGAGCGCGCGCGGAGAAGACCGCGGAGGAGGAGCGCGCCAGAGCGGCCGCGAAGGAGGCGGAACGCGCGGCCAAGGCUGAGAAAGCCGCGGCGCUCGAACGCGCGAAAGCGGAGGCGGCGGCGGCGAAGGAAGCGGAGCGGGCCGCGAAGGAGAGGGCGAAGCUCGAGGCCGCGGCGGCAAAGGCGAGAGCCAAGGCUGAAGCCGCGGACGCCAAGGAGAAGGCGAAAGAGGAGGCGAGGAAUGCCAAGGAGGCGAGGGCGCGCGAGGCGGAGAGAGAGGCGGCGGAGCGCGCGAGGAUGGAAAAAGAAAAAGCCAUCGCGGCGUCGGAGGCGUUCACGCAGCACGCGAACGCGCUGUAUAACAACGACAGCGACGCGUUCGAGCCCGAGACGGAGACGGAGGUGGAGGCGGAGACCGAGGACGAGGCGCGCGCGUCGAGCGCCGCGACGCGCGCGGUCGAGAAGCUGUCCUUGAACGACGACGAAGAAGACGAAGACGCCGCGGCGAUCGAAGAAGACGACGCCGCCGCCGGCGCCGACGACGACGGGUUGCCGCCGGCGCCGACGAGAGCCAAAGCCGCGGCGCCCGAGUCCGCGUCGAAGGAUCUCGACGCGCUGCUCAGCGCGCGCGCGCGCCCGGUCCCGUCCGAGGCGGCGUCUAACGCGGCGGCGAAGCGCGCGGCGAGGAAGGGUUCGAAGACGGAGGAGCCGCCGCCGCCGCCGCCGCCGACGUUGACGUCGCCGUUGAAGGCGGGCGCCGCCGCGGGCGCGCGAACCGUGCUCGGCUCGCGCGUCGCGUCCAAGGUGACCAUGGUCCUGCGAUCGCUUCGCGUCGGCGCGGAGGACAUCGCGGCGGCGAUUCGGCGGGGGAACGUCCCGACGUCUGCCGGGGACGCGAAAACGGUCACGAUGGAGACGUUACGCGCGAUACGAACGGUCGUCCCGUCCCCCGCGGACGUCGCGAAGGUCAAAGCCGCGUACGUCGAGGGCGCGUGCGACGUCGCCGAGGCCUCCCCCGCGGACGCGUUCUUCCUCGCGAUGAGCGCAGUUCCGCGCGCGGCGGCGAAGAUCGACGCGCUGCUGUGCCGCGCGACCCUGCCGACGCGCGUCGAGGACGCGCGCGCGUCGCUCGAGACGGCGUUUGCGGCGGUGACGGCGUGCGCGUCGUCCGACCGCCUGAAGAAACUCCUCGACGUCGUCGAAGCCCUGAGCGGCAUCUUAGACCGCGGCGGCGGCGCGGCGGGCGGCGCGAGCUCGUACAAGCUCGCGUCGCUCGCGAAGCUCGCGGAGGUGGAGACGAAGGCGAAGAGCGCGCCGACGAAGACCAACGCGUCGCUGCUGCAUCACCUCGCGAAGACGGUCAGGCGCGUUCCCGCCAAGUCGCCGCCGCUGCUUCAGUUCGCGGCCGAGCUCGGGCCCGUGCACGACGCCGCGCGCGGACCGUCGUUAGCCGACAUGAUGCGCGCGGUGGAAGACGCGGCGACGACGCGAGGCGAGCUCGAGCGCGAGUGCGACGCGCUCGAGGAGGAGGCGACGGCCUCGACGGCGGGCGGCGGCGUAGGCGGCGGCGACGACGCCGACGCCGCCGCGUUUCUCGCGGCGAUCGCGCCGUUCGCGGCGGAGGCGGAGGACCUCGUCGAGUCCCUCGAGUCCCUCGCCGCGGAGACGUCGCGCGCGAUGAAAGCGCUGCUGACGAAGUUCGGCGAGGCGCCGGCGGGGGUGGGCCCGGAGGACGUGCUGAAGACGCUGAGCGCUUUCGCGACGGAGUUUGAAGACGCCGUCAGACAAAACGCCGCGUCCAAAGCCGCGGCGGAGCUCAAGGAGAGACGGCGGGCUUCGUAG